AUGUCUGAGGAACCGAUUGAGAAAAGCAACCCCAAACUUAUGGACAAUAAAAAAGAUGAAAAUGGUCAAACCGAAAAAGGUCGAGAAGUUGCUAAGCAAAAAGAUUAUUAUAACCAGGCUAUGGCUACUUUAAUUGCCAUUGAUGGUAAGAUUGGAGUAAAAGGAGAAAAGAAAGGAUUAUUAUCUAAACAAACUCUGUUUAUGUUUGAUGAUGCAACUAAAGACCAAGUAGUCCAGUUAAGUUUAAGUCAAGCCUUAGAUGCGGUUAAACAUCGCCAACAAACCGUGGCUUUAGAUGGUUUGUAUUCCAUUUUAGGUUUGUUGCCUUAUGGUGAACAAGCCACCGUUAGUUAUGAAAAUAAUACCCCUGAACAAGCUUUAAAGGAAUUAAUGAAUUUAGCAAGACAAGAAAAUCCUUUUGAAAUAAAUGAAGACGGUUCAACUAAGGUAGAAGGAUUUGUGCAGAUUAAGACUCAAUCGGAAGCUCUGCAAAUAAAUAAACAAGGAAUAUUGUUG